AUGAAAGUCAACCAAGUCAUACCAAAUAAUGAGGAUAGUUUUGUAAACAAAUAUAGUUAUACCUCUUUCAAUAAGGAUUAUUCCAACUUUAUCGCCGUUCUUGAUAAUGGUAAGAUCGGGAAUGAAAUUGAUGACUGCAAUAAUAAUUAUGCAAACAAAAAUAAUUAUAUCAAAGUAUAUGAUAGUAAUCCGAUCCAAUUCAAAUUAUCCAUAGAAUCCAUCAAUUGUUAUAAAUGCAAAAUUUUGAACCGUAGUAAUUUUAUCAUUUAUAUUGAUAAUUUUAAUAAGAAUCACGUAUAUGUAUGGGAUGAUAUCAAACAAAAUAAUAUUAUCAAAAUGGAAUUCAAUGAAUCAGUCCAAGAUAUAUUUAUAAGUAAAAAAAAUAUCAUUAUUGUAUUCAUAGAUUUUAUUGAAAUAUAUACGUUUAAUAAAACCCCACGUAGAAUAAAUGUUAAUAAGAUAGAUAUGUUACCUCGAGGACAGGUUGAUUUUAUUGAGCUACCCAAUAAUGGAUCCAAAAUAUGUUACAUCUCUAAUAGGAACCCUACACAAGUUUAUUGCUUAAAUAUUCGCCCAGAUGGGAAUACAGUUGAAGAUAUCCAAAUCAUUAAAGCUCACAAGACUCAUCAAGUCCAACUGAUUCGUUUUAAUAGUGGUGGACAAUAUCUAGCCACAUGCUCUAAAAAGGGUACCGUGAUACGCAUCUUUAAUAGCGAUACCACACAACUAAUCAAAGAAUAUAGACGUGGCAGUGAUCAAGCAACAAUAUUUGAUAUGUCAUUCAAUUUAACUAAUGAAUAUCUGGCAGUCGUGUCUGAUAAGGAUACUAUACAUAUCUAUCAAACUGAAAAGGAAAGUAAUCAUCGUAGUAGUAGUAGUAGUAAUCAUAGCCACAAUCACAAUCACAGUAUGACAAGUAAUGAAUAUUUCGGCCAUACUUGGUCCAAUGGCAGAAUACGACUACAUCGAAUGGGUCAUAACAAUGCCACAGCUCAUAAGGGAAGUAUUAGGGAACAAUGCAAAUUAGGUUGGAGUGGGAAUGCUUUAAUUGUUCUAUGGGCUCGCAGUGGAAUAUGGGAGAAAUACGUGUGCAUUGAAAAUAAAUGGGUACGAGAAGCCAUUCGAGAAAUAUAA